GCCACCUGCAGGACUGGAGCCCUGUGGAAGGAUUAAAAACUACAGGAAAUCCAUCAGGAAGCCACAUGCUGUGUCGUCGGCUGUUGUUUUUCUUCGAAAGCCCCCCCUUGUGAAAUAAUGGAUCUAAUGGAGAUGGAGGACAUGGGCAGCGGCUGUGGAGAUGAUCACUGUGGCCUGGCGUCUCGCUUUCUGGAGGACUGCUCCGGCCCAGACUGUGAUUGGGAGGAACCUAUAUUUGGAUUUACAGAGCUAGUGUGCGUGACAAUCCUUUACAUUCCUGUGAUGCUCCUUGGUCUCCUGGGAAACGUGCUGACAAUUCUGGUAGUCAGCCUACGGCCGCACAUGAGAAGUUCGACCUACUUGUAUCUGAGUAGCAUGGCUGUCAGUGAUCUGAUGAUACUCUUGCUCCUGCCUCUGGAUCUCUACAAGCUUUGGAGGCCCAGACCCUGGCCCUUAGGAGACCUUGCCUGUAAAAUGACCAUGUUUCUCUCUGAGUGUUGCACCUUCUGCACCAUCCUGCACAUUACCUUCCUCUCUCUGGAGAGAUAUGUGGCAGUCUGCUGGCCAAUGACGACAAAGACAUGGGUGACGCGCCGCAGAACCAGGGCUCUUAUUGGCUGCCUGUGGCUGGGUGCAGCAGUGAGUGCAGCGCCCGUGUUGGUGAUGGUUGGAGUAGAGGAAGUUGGGCAAGAAGAUCUCAGGGUCAGUGGUUGGGGGGAGAAUGAAUUAUGGAUGGGCGAGGAUGGAGAACAGGUUGGCUUUACAAUAGACGGAGAUGAAGGAAGACGUGUUUUAUCUUCCUUUGAUGGUGAACGAAAAUGGGGAGAAAAACAGGAGCAAAGACAAAGUCAACGUGACAGAGAGUUGAAAUGGUUUGAGGAGGAAGAAGCAGGAAUGCAAGCAUUUGACGAGCAGAGCAAAAAACACAGAAAUGGAAGAAAAAAUGACAAACAAGAAGACGUCAAGGAAGUUUAUGGAGAUCAGCAAAACAAGAUGAAAGAAGAUGAAGGAGGAGGAUGGGAAGCCAAAGUUGCUCGACACGAGACUUGGAGUGACAGAAGGGAGUGCCGCUGUACGCAGUACGCCAUUUCCUCUGGCCUCCUGUCAGCUAUGAUGAUUCUGUCCAACCUGUACUUCCUGGUUCCGGUCUGCAUCCUUGGACUGGUCUACAGUUUGAUUGGAAGGACACUUUGGCUGCGUCCUCAGUGCACCCGCAGAGACCAAAGUCAUCGAAACACAGUCAAAAUGCUCGGAGUGAUUGUACUGGCGUUUGUCCUGUGCUGGCUGCCCUUCCACGUUGGUCGGACGAUAUUCGUUUUCUCUCUGGGUACCAGGACCGACCAACAGACUGUCAACAGCGGCGAAUCCAUCCACAACCAACAGAAUAUUACCAAAACUGUUUUUUCAAACCUGGAUGUUAAUGCCACUUCAGGUUAUUCUUACAAGCCACCCAGCAGAAGUCAACAACUGGAUCCAAGCAGUGACACGGGCCCACAUAUAGUACCCAACGCUAUAGCGCACAAAUAUUCAGCACACACGCGACUUAGGAGUCGAUAUUACAAGCACAACUCUAACUACGAAAUGUAUAACAGCACAAGGACGCAAAUGCCGCAAGGCUCAGACACGAGCCCACUUUUGAGCUCGCAUAACGUCACAACCGCAAACACACACAUAGGUAAGUCCAAAUUUGGAGAUGUGCACACAACAAAUCGCACCUUGAAGAGCACCGCCACUUGUGUAGACUCACAAAGCGACAGCGCACAUAACCACACACCCUCCACAAAACAAUCCAGUCUGCACGCUGUAAAGGCCACCGGCCUAAGCAACGACACACACUUCACUAACCACACACACACUGACAGCCGUUUGUAUUUUCUUUACUAUCUGUCUCAGUAUUUUAACCUGGGCUCCUCUGUGCUGUACUACCUCAGUGCUGCUGUCAAUCCUUUACUGUACAACGUCAUGUCAGCCAGAUACAGACAUGCAGUACACAGCCUCUUCCAUGCAGACUCCCAAAGGCAGGGCCAACACUUGCGGUCACAGCGCACCACUUCCUAUAUGUAAAAUGUACAUGAGACCUGAAGUCAUUGGGACCCACAGUGUAUGUUUGCUUCUAAACAGUACAUUGGAAGACUACCAGCUCAUCGUGGUAUGAUCAACAACAAAAAUCUGGUUAUUUAUGUGCACUUAAUUGCUAUAAAAUAAAUCAAAUCAGUAAUAGUAGAUGAUUACCAGGGUCAUAUACGUUUUUUUUUUCUUCCCUGUGGCAGACUCAUUUUAACAGCAGUGAAACUUUGUUUUUUUAAUUUCUCAACUUUUAAUGCUAUUAGACGAUGAGGGCAUCUUUGAAAGUUUAAAUAAAUAUUAUACAGCCGUUGAUGUUUUUUUCAGGAGGGCUAAAUGUGUUGUGUGUCCAACUUUGACACAUGACCCAAUGUGUCCCAACACGAUUUCCCGCCUAUUGCAUGUUGCACACAGUGAAUAAUGUUUUUAUUUGAUUCUCCCAACCAUGCCGGUGGCGGUGUCCCCUGCGUCGGCCGCAUCAGAAUGGUUUUUCUGAAGUUUGGAAAACAGAGCGGCCUCGGGGCGGAGGACAAUUGAUUGGAUUGUGUUUGUAAUCCGCAGGCGCUUCCUGACAUAAAUUGAUGUCUUGUUAGAGACCAACAAUAUGAAUCCAUAAAACUCGGAGUGACUACACAGGAGAGUGGGAAAAUGAUUCAAGUUUAUAGUCUGCUGUCACAGGAAUUUAGACAAAAUCAUUGUAUCAGACAAAAGCCAUCAAGUAUCUGACGAUUUUUAUUUUAUUUUUUAAGGAGCAUCCAUUUUCAAAAGAGGCUUCUAUUAACCGUCCAAGUGAUGUAUUGGUUUGUUUGUUGAUCUUUGCUCGUAUUUGAAAUGCAUUUGUAUAUCUGCAGUACGUAAAUGUGCAACAUUUUCUGUGACUGAGGAAAUGAAUGAAGCUUGAAAGUAGACAG